AUGGGCCCAAUUUAUACAUGUACAGUGCUUGCAUCACCACCGAAUAAAUUUCUCGUAAUUGCAGAUCGAAAUCUGAUGUAUUCCAUUACACAAAAAUUGUUACACCAUACAAGCGUUCAUCCAUCUUUUACCAAACUUAAAAAUUGUGCAAAUAGUCUUUAA